AUGAAUACCAGACGUCGUAGUACCCGAACAAAGACUGGAACUACCCAAACAAAGACUGAAAAAAGUAAAGCUGCUGAACACAAAACCGAAGAUACGAAUGUAUGGUGGGGAGUGGUCAAUGGUCCAAUGAAAAGCUAUCUUACAGUGAUAGGAGAUGGAUUGGAUGUUCCAAAGAACGUAUAUGAGGAUUUGAAACUGACAAUAGAUGACAUCGAGUUUUUAAGCGAUGAAACGCGACAAGUAUACCUCCCAGAAACGAAAGAUCCGGUUACGAUAAACAUAGUUCCAUCUAAUUGCAGCUCUGCUGAUCUACCUCAAUUUUCGUCAUUAAGGCUAUCUUCUUACAUUUCAAAUCACACUGGUAUGAUUAUAAACGUCGGCUUCUCUAUAUGGGGCUUACAAUGGUGUCCUUCGCUACCUACCAGAUCGCCACAAUACCUUGCUGUCGGUGGAUACAAGUCAACGACUGACGAGCAUCGAGAGAUUGGGAUUAAACAGACGACGAAUAUGCAGAACGUUAUUCAAAUUUGGAGAAUUGACUGCAGAGACGAGAAAGAAAUUAAUGGGGAAGAGAGAGAUUUACCGUAUUUGGAUAUGGUUAUUUGUCACGAUUAUGGCUGUGUUUAUGACUUGAAGUGGUGUCCUUAUGGUGCGUGUGAGUUGGUAGAUAAUGAUAUUGAAGAGAAUGACGGUGAUAAUACCAAGACGCACAUCAAAAGGUUGGGAAUACUUGCUGGAUGUUUUGGAGAUGGAACAGUGAGAUUUUUUGUAAUUCCUUCACCGGAUGAUAUUCGACGCCGACUGGGAAAGAAUGAUGCAGAAACUUUGUACAUCAAGUUUAAGCAGGAAGUAAUUAAACUAUCCCUUCCGGGCAUAUUAUGUUGGACGCUUGAAUGGGGUGGUCAUGAGAAGGUCGCCGUUGGCUGUACAAAUGGCUAUAUUGCGACAUGGAAUAUGUACGACAUAUUUUCAAAGCGAAAUCAACAGCAAUCCAUCUCGAAUUCAAAUUUACUCUGUCCAACUCGCUACGUCUGGUCACACGAUUCUAGCGUUCGCCAAGUUUUAUGGAACUCACACUUCAACCCUACGCAUAUUCUAUCUUGUGGGCACGACGGGAAAGUGCAGAUAUUCGAUGAACGCGACCCAUGCAUGAAAUACGACCUUCGGCAUUUACGGACUGUUAUGAUGAGUGUUGCUUGGUCUAAUCGUUAUGACGGAUUGAUGUUUCCUGAUCAAGAGUAUGGGGUCAGGUUUGUGAGGACGGACGAUUUCGCCAAGACUAUGAGAGUUUUGCAACACCGACAGUGUAUUUGGUCUAUCGGCGUGUCGCUGUUUCAUCCGUUUGUCGCCAGUUGUGGAACCGACGGUCUUGUUACAAUGACCAAUAUAUUUCCGCUGAAGAGCAAUUGGAAGAAACCGAAAGAAGUCAUUUUAUAUCGUUUAUCUUACAACAGUGAAAGCAGAUCCUUUACCAUAUGGGAUAAUAUUAUUCCACGGAACGAGACCAAACUUGGACGCAAUGAAUCUCUGUAUAAUUAUUUGUUUCCACCGGAAAUUUCCAUUCAAAAGCUGCAAUGGAACCCUAAUAUCACAACGGGAACAUGGAUUGCAUCAGGAGGAGCGGCGGGUUUGUUACGCGUUGAAUGUGCAGACAAAAAUGAAGAAUGA